AUGAACUUCCACAUUUUGAGUCUUCUCUUGACCUUGGAUUUAGCCACUGUGGCCGUCAGUUUGUCUACAUGUAGCACGUUGGACAUGGAUCAGUUUAUGAAAAAGCGAAUCGAAGCCAUUCGCGGUCAGAUCCUUAGUAAACUCAAACUGACAAGCCCACCGGACAGUUACCCAGAGCCCGAAGAGGUAUCUCGGGAUAUCAUAGCCAUCUAUAACAGCACACGGGACCUGUUGCAAGAGAAAGCCAACGAGCGGGCGGCGACCUGCGAACGGCAGCGCAGCGAGGAGGAGUAUUAUGCUAAGGAAGUGCACAAAAUCGACAUGCAUCCCUUCUACCCUGCCGAAAAUGUCAUCUCUCCGACAAAGUACAACGCGUACUUCAGGAGACUCAGGUUCGACGUGAGCUCCCUGGAGAAAAACGCUUCCAACUUGGUCAAGGCCGAACUGAGGAUCUUCAGGCUACAGAACCCGAAGGCCCGUGUACCCGAACAGCGCAUUGAACUUUACCAGAUCCUGGGUCACAAGGACCUGACGUCGCCAACACAGCGCUACAUCGACAGUAAGGUGGUGCGGACACGCACGGAAGGGGAGUGGCUUUCCUUCGACGUGACGGAGGCGGUGAGCGAGUGGCUGCUGCACAGAGACAGAAACAAUGGAUUUAAGAUCAGCCUGCAUUGCCCCUGCUGCACGUUUGUGCCGUCCAAUAAUUACAUCAUACCAAACAAAAGUGAAGAGCUAGAGGCUCGCUUUGCAGGCAUAGACGACAGCAUAAUCGGCGGAGACUUGAAAGUGUCGAAAAAGCGGCGACACAGCGGACAGUCUCCGCACCUCCUCCUCAUGCUCCUCCCCUCGUACCGUCUGGAGUCGCAGCACAAAAGCCACCGGCAGAAACGAGCUCUGGAUGCCGCGUUCUGCUCCAGGAACGUCCAGGAUAACUGUUGUCUACGAUCUCUCUACAUCGAUUUCAAAAAGGACCUUGGUUGGAGGUGGAUCCAUGAACCCAAAGGUUAUAACGCCAACUUCUGUGCAGGAGCUUGUCCUUAUCUAUGGAGCGCAGACACCCAGCACAGUAAGGUCCUGGGCUUGUACAACACCAUUAAUCCAGAAGCUUCAGCCUCUCCGUGCUGUGUCUCCCAGGACCUGGAGCCCCUGACCAUCCUCUACUUUAUCGGCAAGACCCCCAAAAUCGAGCAGCUCUCCAACAUGAUUGUCAAGUCCUGCAAGUGCAGCUAG